AUGGCCCGUGACUGCCCUCAAGCUGGUCCUCCUGGCGGAGCUGGUGCUGGCUGGGGCAGUGGCGGAGGUCAAUCCUUCGGUGGCGGCGGCGGGAACUCCUAUGGCGGCGGCGGCGGCGGCUCUGCUCGUGAAUGCUAUCGCUGCGGUGGACAAGGUCACAUAGCGCGUGACUGCACCUCAUCCGGUGGCCAACAAGGAGGCUAUGGUGGUGGCGGUGGUGGCUACCAACGUGAGGGUGGCUACAGCCGUGGCGGCGGCGGCGGCGGCGGCGGUGGUGGUCAGACCUGCUAUUCAUGCGGAGGUGUCGGCCAUAUGUCACGUGACUGCACCCAAGGCCGUGCUCAGAAAUGCUACAACUGUGGUGAACAAGGUCACUUGUCUCGCGACUGCCCAUCUGAGCCAAGCCAAGAGCGCCUCUGCUACAAAUCGAUUCAGGCAAGCAACCUGGACAUCUCCAGUCCGCUUGCCCGGCCUAGAAUGGUCGCGGUUUAA